AUGAAGACUUCCAGAUAUUCCUCUUCCCGUCAAAAGGCAUGCAAACAAUGCUCAAGUGCCAAAGCAAGAUGUGAUCGUCAGCGUGGGCGUUGUGCGAGGUGCACGCAGCGCGGUCUGCCCUGUGUGUACCCUCAGGCAGCAGGCACUGAAGACCCUGUCGACCCCGAGAUUGUCGAUGGCCGGUUACCCAGUCCAUUUUCGACGUCCGAUGUCUCCUCACUCUUAAGCUCCAAUGUCCCACUCCCGACAAUGAACGUGCAGCAGAAUCUCAAUGCCGGAGUUGAGCAGCUUACAGAGAGCAAUCCCGUCAACCACCCGAGAACCAAUCGGAUCAGCGCGAGCACUCUAGCUACUGGAAAAGAAAGAUUGGCUGGAUCUACGCGUGUAUCUGAAGGGCUGGAUGACCUCGACUUUUCAGCUCUUGAGCUGAUAUGUCCCAUCGAUGACACUGCCAUAAGCAAUCGCUGGCUGAACGCCUAUAUUCCUAUGCCUGGACAGGCCAUCAAAGAGUAUCCUCCCAACGUCACUGCUUUCAUCUAUCGAAUGUUGAAGUCUUAUGCCGCAGUGGCAGCCCACGGUCGGGGCAUUCUACCGUUUGUCCAUGCUACCCAAAUGAGACCGCGACCGGCAGGGUCACCCCUUGCUUCUUGCCUGAGCCUGGUUAGAAUAUGCUCGAGUCCUCUGCCUGGCAGCGAAGCCACUACGGCCAGCGUUCUGCAACGAGAAAUGAAUAACGUUUACGGUCAAUGUGAUGAGUUCGAUGACGAGGAUCAGCUGGCUGCCUUUCAAGCGUAUCUAAUCUACGCAAUGGUGCUAUUUUUCCGGCUCAGUGGAGCUUACAAUGAAGUCUUCCGCGAAACAAUGAUAAAUCUCCAAAGCCUUGCCCGCUCUUCAGCUCAGCGUGGGCUUGUAUGUGCGGCUGAUCAACGACGAGUGCGUCCCAGAUGGGAAGAGUGGGUUGUUACUGAGACCAAACGACGGGCCAUCUAUGUGAUGUAUCUUCUCGAUAGCAUCCUCUCGACACAAGAAGGCCUUCCCACCUUUCUCGGUACAGAACUUCAGGGACUACCUGCACCGGCUAAUAAGCUAUUAUGGCAAGCACAAAGUCGCUGCGAGUGGGAACGCGAGUAUAAUGUUUACAUGGCGGAAUGGGCAGAAGGAGGCCUUACCAUCGACGAACUUUGGCCUAUGCCUACUGAUUUGGACAAGACAACUAUUAACAGAAGGCGAGCUAGGGUGGAUCAAUGGCUCGAAAAUGUCGACGAAUUCGGAACUAUGCUUUACGCGAUCAUGAGCUGCACGCACGGUGGCUGA